UUUCCCUCUUUCCCUUUCUCUCCUUUUUUUGUUGUUGUUGUCUUUUUUUUUUUUUGCUUGCCCAUUUACACUCCUUCUAUCGUGUUUCCUUCCCUAUUAUAUAUUAAUAUCAUAUAUAAUUUAUCCUCUCCUCAUUCCUUCUUUUUUCUCUCAUAAUUGUGACAACAAAAUAAUACUUAGAUGAGUUUACCUUUAGUUAUUCUUUCUUCCAUUGCAGUAAUGCUGGAAACUGCAGAAGCAAUUCCGUUCUCGUGGGCAGACUUGAACAGAAGAGCGCAAGAAUUUGAUAAUACAACCACAACCACUUCUAAAAAGGAAAACACCACUACCAAAAAAACCACUACUACCACAAAAAAAACUACAACAAAGGCAUCCUCCGAAAAGCCAACCUCCACAAAGGCAUCCUCCGCAAAGCCAACCUCAGCAAAGGCCAUCACCGAUGCAUCUUCGGCCGUUCCUUCUUCAACCCCCACUUCAGUCACUCCAAUGUUGAUCCCAGCAGCAACAAACACGGCAAUGACAUCUGCCACUGUCAGCUCCCCCGCCGCUACUGCAUUAGCCGACACAAACAGUGGUGGUGUAUCUGGUGGUGCUAUUGGUGGUAUUGUAGCCGCCAUCGUUAUUAUCAUAUUGGGUGCCGUCGCCUACUUUUUCGUCCGUCGCAAGAAGAAUAACAAGAGUCGUGCAAGACAUAUGUCAACUAAACCUGAUCCAUUCACGAUGGGAUAUGGCAGUGACCAAGCAUUCCAUACUCCACAACCAAUGCAACAACAACAGCCAGCAUAUCAACACCAAUACGGUGUUCAGCCUACUGUUGCAGUUACUUCUCCUACUACACCCACUCAUUAUAACAGCAACACGCAGUUCCAAGAUGCUAACAAUCAUAUCAUUGCCGAGUCUAUGAAGCCUGCAGUUGUUGUACCUCAGUCACAACAGUAUCAACCUCAACCUCAAGAAUAUAAACCCCAACUGAACGAACAAUACAACAAUGAACACCUUGAUCCAAUCGUUCCUAUCUCCGCUGCUACUGCCGCUGUUGCUGCUGUUCCCGUUUCUGGAGCAUUGCUUUCUCCCACACAAGCUGGCUCUGUUGGCGUAUUCCAUGUUGCAGCAACAUAUACACCAACCUUGAGUGAUGAGAUUGAUAUCCAAACAGGCGAUCAAGUUGAAGUUUUAGUUGAGUAUGAUGAUGGAUGGUGUCAAGGUAUUAAUUUGUCACGCGGUAAUGCAAAGGGUGUUUUCCCCAAGCAUUGUAUUGAUUAUGCAUCGGGCGUUUCAUCUUCUGGUAAUAGUAUCGAUAGAGUCAAAAGAGUUAGCUCCAUGUACAUAGCUUAAAAUUGACCUUGUUUGUAUCAUUACUAUUAUCCUAACCCAUCCUUCAUUAUUAUUAUAUUAUAUACUGUUUGUUUAAAAAAAUAAAUAAAAGGUCGAAUCACUGACAAUUUUUUUGCUACAUAUGUAUAAUACCCUUUUGCGAUUUAGUAACACUUGUGUCGCACCUAAAAGCAAUUGGUGUUGU